UGCUAGGCGGUCUGUAUCUCAGCAGAGAGCCCCAAAUAGAAAGGAUGUUUUUUGUCUGACCAAGAAGGAAAGUUGCUCUGGUGCCUGGGAAGUGGGUUUGCCUGAAGGCUGGAGAGAGGAGGAGGGUUAGUAGGCUGUGAAGUACUCCGUUCCUCUCCGCUCGGCUCCGCUCCCCUCCCCUUCCAGGAAGACCACCUGGUCUCUACUCUCCCUUUCUUCCAACCUCCUUCUUCCUCUCUCCCCCUCCUCAACCUCUCCCUCCCUCCCUUUCCCCCACUCCCCACUGAUUCCGGAGGCCUUGAUGCUCUGCCAUCGGGCCCCAGUCCAGCUAGCAGAGGAGAAGGAGGGGACGCUCUUGACGCGAAGCAGUUCACACAAGUUGGCCAUUUCGGGGGUAAACUAAGUUCCCCCUUUGGAUUUGGAAAGGACAAAGCCGGGGCGCUGCUGCUUUUGUGUCGGAUGCGGAGAACAAACCAUGAGCCGCCGGAGCCCAGGAGCAGCGGGAGUAGCAGCAGCAGCCGCAGCAGCCGCUGCCAGCACCAGCCUCAGGCAGGAGUUGCCUUCGGUGCACGGAAUUUGGUGACAGGCUUCAGCAGUCUAUUCCUCCCUUGUUCAAAGGACGAACCAAAGGCCCGGCAUAGAAAUGAAGCAAAAGGACUAACAGUCACAUCUUGCUCCUUCCAUCGAUGUCUCCUUGAGUUAUAGAAAUAGGAUCAAUGAAGAUGUUGACGAGGUUCCAGGUGCUUACCCUAGCAUUGUUUUCCAAGGGAUUCUUACUUUCUUUAGGGGACCAUAAUUUUUUGAGAAGGGAAAUAAAGAUAGAAGGAGACCUCGUUUUAGGAGGCUUAUUCCCUAUUAAUGAAAAAGGCACUGGAAUAGAAGAAUGUGGACGUAUCAAUGAGGAUCGAGGCAUCCAACGCCUGGAAGCCAUGUUAUUUGCCAUUGAUGAGAUCAACAGAGACAAUUACUUACUUCCAGGGGUAAAGCUAGGUGUCCACAUUUUGGACACCUGUUCAAGAGAUACCUAUGCUUUAGAGCAAUCCCUGGAAUUUGUCAGGGCAUCUUUGACUAAAGUGGAUGAAGCAGAAUAUAUGUGUCCUGAUGGAUCUUAUGCUAUACAAGAAAACAUCCCAUUACUCAUUGCAGGGGUCAUAGGUGGCUCUUACAGUAGUGUGUCAAUUCAGGUGGCAAAUCUCCUAAGGCUCUUCCAGAUCCCUCAGAUAAGCUACGCAUCCACCAGUGCCAAACUAAGUGACAAGUCACGUUACGAUUACUUUGCCAGGACCGUGCCCCCAGACUUCUACCAGGCUAAGGCCAUGGCUGAGAUCUUGCGUUUCUUCAACUGGACCUAUGUGUCAACUGUGGCCUCUGAAGGUGACUAUGGGGAGACAGGGAUUGAGGCCUUUGAACAGGAGGCACGUCUUCGCAAUAUCUGCAUUGCCACCUCUGAAAAGGUAGGCAGAUCUAACAUCCGAAAGUCCUAUGACAGUGUCAUCCGGGAGCUGCUCCAAAAGCCCAAUGCUCGAGUGGUUGUUCUCUUUAUGAGAAGUGAUGACUCCCGAGAGCUGAUUGCUGCUGCAAGCCGCUUCAAUGCUUCCUUCACGUGGAUCGCCAGUGAUGGGUGGGGUGCCCAGGAAAGCAUUGUGAAGGGCAAUGAGCAUGUGGCCUAUGGAGCCAUCACCUUAGAACUAGCUUCACAUCCCAUCCGUGAGUUUGAUCGUUACUUCCAGAGCCUCAACCCUUAUAACAACCACCGCAACCCCUGGUUUAGGGACUUCUGGGAACAGAAAUUCCAGUGCAGCCUACAGGGUAAAAGAACACACCGGAGGGUCUGUGACAAGCAUCUAGCAAUCGAUAGCAGCAAUUAUGAGCAGGAAUCCAAAAUCAUGUUUGUGGUGAAUGCUGUUUAUGCCAUGGCCCAUGCCCUACACAAGAUGCAGAGGACCCUCUGCCCAAACACCACCAAGCUUUGUGAAGCCAUGAAGAUUCUAGAUGGAAAAAAGCUGUACACAGAUUACUUGCUAAAAAUAAAUUUCACAGCACCAUUCAAUCCAAACAAAGGAAUAGAUAGCAUUGUCAAAUUUGACACUUAUGGAGAUGGAAUGGGUAGAUACAAUGUAUUCAAUUUCCAGUAUAUUGGUGGCAAAUACUCCUAUCUGAAAGUUGGUCACUGGGCUGAAACUUUGUCAUUGGAUGUCAACUCAAUCCACUGGUCCCGAAGUGUGAUCCCCACCUCCCAGUGCAGUGAUCCUUGUGCUCCCAACGAAAUGAAGAAUAUGCAACCAGGGGAUGUCUGCUGCUGGAUCUGUAUUCCCUGUGAGCCUUUUGAGUACUUGGCUGAUGAGUUCACCUGUGUGGACUGUGGACCUGGGCAGUGGCCCACCCCAGACCUGUCCAGCUGUUAUGACCUCCCUGAAGACUACAUCAAGUGGGAAGAUGCUUGGGCCAUAGGUCCUGUCACAAUUGCAUGCUUGGGUUUUAUGUGCACCUGUAUGGUCGUGACAGUCUUUAUCAAGCACAACAACACCCCUUUGGUCAAAGCAUCAGGAAGGGAGCUCUGCUACAUCUUACUCUUUGGUGUUGGUCUUUCUUAUUGCAUGACAUUCUUUUUUAUCGCUAAGCCGUCACCCGUUAUCUGCACUCUCCGACGCCUGGGGUUGGGCAGCUCCUUCGCAGUGUGUUACGCAGCUCUACUGACGAAGACAAACUGCAUUGCCCGCAUAUUUAAUGGAGUCAAGAAUGGUGCUCAGAGGCCAAAAUUCAUCAGCCCGAGCUCUCAGGUCUUCAUCUGCCUGAGUCUGAUCCUGGUACAGAUUGUAGUGGUGUCUGUGUGGCUCAUCCUGGAGGCUCCAGGCACGCGCAGGUAUACCCUACCAGAGAAGCGGGAAACAGUGAUCUUAAAAUGCAAUGUGAAGGAUUCCAGUAUGCUGAUUUCACUUUCCUACGAUGUGAUCCUGGUGAUCUUAUGUACUGUUUAUGCCUUCAAAACGCGGAAAUGCCCCGAGAACUUCAAUGAAGCUAAGUUCAUUGGUUUUACCAUGUACACCACUUGUAUCAUCUGGCUGGCCUUUCUCCCGAUAUUCUAUGUGACAUCAAGUGACUACAGAGUGCAGACCACAACCAUGUGCAUCUCUGUUAGCCUGAGUGGCUUUGUGGUCCUGGGAUGUCUGUUUGCACCCAAAGUGCACAUCAUACUGUUCCAACCCCAGAAGAAUGUGGUCACACACAGACUCCACUUAAACAGAUUCAGCGUUAGUGGAACUGGAACCACUUACUCACAGUCAUCAGCCAGCACUUAUGUCCCCACGGUGUGCAACGGGAGGGAAGUCCUGGACUCUACCACCUCAUCUCUGUGAUCAUCGUGACUCUGCAGUUCAGUUCUCGUGUGUUUAGACUGUUAGACAAACAUGCACAUGCUGUGCAAUUCUGGCUCAAACAAAACAAAGCAAAAUGAAAAAAAAAAAAAAAAACCAACCCUAGUACCUUUUUUUAGAAACAGUACAAUAAAUUAUUUUUGAGGACUGUACAGUACCUAGUGAUGUGUUAGGACUUUUUAGGCCAGUUUUAGUACCCUUAUAAUUAACUCUUCCAUAGGAUAUGGAAAUAACUAUUGUUUACACAAGCAAGUUGUAGUGACUAGGCCAAGACUGAAAGGGUCUACAGCAAAUAUGGUGGCAAUAUUAGGUAACCUUUUUUCCUAUGAAGUUUUUUGUAGGUCCUUGUUGUAACUAAUUUAGAAUGCGUUUCUAUGUUGUAUAUUAAAGUUACAUUAUGUGUAACAGAUUGUUUUUCUCAGCACAAAAAAGAAGACAUCAGUAUUAAUGUAAAGAUAUUGACAAUAAAACCUUCAAGGUUUUCCAGCA